AUGACGGGCGACUAUAGCUUCGCACGAAAUGUAGUUGAUCUACGCUUUCCGAACACUAACACUAUGCCGUACGUUGGCGUACCUCCACCGCUGAUAAAUAAAUCACGGGAACUUGGAGGACACUCUUUAGUUAAGUCAACUGGCAACAAGCAAAAAGCUAAGAGCGCAUCGAAUGGAUUGGGCAGUUGCCUUGGUAUGCCGGCCUGGGCCAGUCGUAGUCCUACCCACAACGAAAUUAAUCAAUAUGAUACGAAACAGGACGAAAUAAAUGUAGCUCGGCAGUGGGAUAAGGUUAACCAAGGUUGGGCCGCUACCCGCAAACUGGCCGAAACUGGAAAGAUCUGGAGCGAUAUGAUUGUAAGUAAGAAGCGGCUCCUGAAGUCAGUUUUCUCUAAUAAUAAUCAAAAUUCCCCUUUGAACAACUGUCACUCUAAAUAUGCUUAA